AAGGACAAGAAUUGAAUAAUGUUGAAAAAAAAGUACAGAAUAUUCGAGCAAGUUUUGAAGAUAUAUAUCAUAAUUAUUAUUUCUCUCUGAAACAAAAUUUAACAAAUAUUGAAAAUAUUACUUGUGAUGUUUUUUGUAAAGUUAAGCAAUAUUUUGAUGGACAAGUUGCUGGCGGAAGUACUCAUGUUCUUGAUUGGUAA